AUGAGUAUGCCACUAUGGGAGAGGCCAAGUUCAGGGCCAUGUUCCAGGCUGCUGUGGACGACCUUCCUGACAAUAAGAGGCUGAAGGACUUCCUUGUAGACAACUUUGACACAUACUUCAACAAACUGUGGAGAAAUGUCCAAGGCAUCACCUCAGCACAUGACACAGUGCCAGGCUCUAUCGAACGCCGCUACAACCUGCGGGCCGCCGACGGGUUACGAUCGGCGCUGUCGUGGGUGGGAACGUUACCCCAGGCCGAGCAGAUGCCACACUACCUGAACCUGUUCCAAAGAUGGUUUCCAUCAGCUGAAGGUUCCGAUGCCCUGCUGGACAACAUCAUUUCCUCCAAGAAGGAUGACCUUGACUGUUUGGUGACCUUGACACAACUGUUGAACCUCAACAAGCAGGCAGUAGCACUGCAGAAAGUUGCUGCAGCAUUCUUCAGGAGAUUGGAGCAGGCAUAUGCCAACUGCCUGCAGGGAGACACACAGGAGCAAGCAGCAGAAUUGAGGGAGAUUGUUCUCAGGUUCCUUACUGUGCUCAACAUACAAAGGGACCCUGCAGUCAAGUGGGAGAACACUGCAUAUGAAGACCUUGUGGCAGCUUUUGUCUCCCUGUAUGUGGACCUGAGUCUACUGGUGACAAGAACACAACUCGGCACUGAGUCCGUUGUCAAUGUGUCACAGUCCAUAGGAAACUGCAUACUUGUAUGGCUUGGCCACUCCCCAGCUCACAUCCUGGAUGUACUUGUGCAGUUGGAGGCUGACAGUGGGAGAGAUGGGGCUAUCCUCACACCUAUCUACAGGAGAUUUCUGCACACUGCCCCCUCACCCUUGACUCACCAGUCUUACAUUAGAUACAUGUGUGCUGUGUGCAAAGCCAGGGAAGUCAUCCCGAAAAACUCACUCACAUGGAAGACAUUACAGAAGGCAGCCCUCAGUACACCAGCGCCUCCUAGCUUCCUGUCCUGGUUGCGCAGGUGCAGUACUGACCUGAUGGACCAGGUGCCAAACACUCCCAAGUGGAGCAGCUCACAUGUCACUCAGUUCAUCAUCCAGGAGGCAAGCCAGAACUUCCGAGAGGAGCUUCUUGAUCUUUUGACCGAAGGUCUUGAGCAGUCUGAGAGUGUUGAGCAACCAGAGGUCAAAGUUCAGGCAGAGAAAGAGACUAGGCUUGGUGGUGACACAGACCUGUUCUUUGUGGACACAACAAAGGAUGGGGACACAGCAGUACAGAUGGGAACAGAUGAAGUGGACCACAGUGGGAAGGAGACCCAGCUCCUGGGGCAGAUCCACUCUCUGCUGGGGGGGAUCAACGUAGGGCAGGACAUGCCUGAGGAGAAGGAGGGCAGUGAAGAUUCAGAUGUGGAGGAAGUAGAGUUCCAGGUGCCAAAAAGUAAAGCAAAGAGAAAGGAGGAAGUUGCAGAGAUCGUGGCUCACUCCCUGCAGACCUACAGGAAGCACAGUGUCAGGAGCAGAGCUCAAGAGGAGAGGGACAGCACCUCCGGUCCAUGGGCUAUCAAGAGCCCCAUCUCUCCUCUACAGGGGAGGGCAGCAAGAGCAGCAGCAAGAGCAGCACAGAAGGACAGCAUGGACAGCACAGAGGAACAGACAGUAGAUGUAGAGAACAGCAAACUGGGGGCCAGUGAAGACAGCAUGUCAGCCACAGUAGGAGAAAGUGUUUCUGAACAAGAAAUGGAAGUUGUCAAGAUCACCUCUCUUGACAAAGGAAGUGGCAGAAAACUUGUUAAGCAUGGAACAGACAUUCAAAAGUCUGUAGAAAAGCCACAUAAGAAGGGUAAGAAAGAAAAGAAGAAAGGCAAGAAGAGUAAGGAGGGAGGUGGCAAGGAACAGGAUAAGCUUGAGAGAAGUUUUGAAGACAUUAAAUGUCUGGAAGGAGAGAGCUAUGACUCCAGCCAGGAGAGUGUUGAAAUGAUGGCAUUCAAGGCGACUGCGUCCGAGUUGCUUCAAGACGUGGAGAAGUUUAUGAACACCACCAAGGAGGGAGAACAGGAACUGCAGGUGGACAUCAACAAAGAGGGAAGUAAAACAGACACGUCUGAAGGUAUCAAAGAAGUUUCAAGUGCAGAAAAUGUUGAAAAUAAAGAAAACUGCCAAGAAGCUGAGAUCACACUUAGUGAGGAGAGCCAAGUUAAAAAGGGCACUGAAUCAGCAGUAGUGGAAUGUGAUGCUGACUCUGGCAAACAGUCAGAUGCUGAUGAUGAAGAAGGAUUCCAGUCACAGGGUAUAAGUCACAAUGAGGGGUCUCCCACUGUAGAAGAGCAGGGGCUUGUAGAUAUACAGGAUGGGUCUGUUCCUGACUCCCAGUCCGAUCCUGAUGAUAGCGUUACUCCAAGUAUCCUGAAGUUGCAUCAUAAACUAGGCACUCCAGCAAAACCUAAUUUGGACCAAUCUGACAUCAUGCCAUUGGUAGUUGAAGCAAAUGGAAGUAAUACUGGUGAAGAAGUAGAACAGGAACUAGAUGAAGAAGUUGUUGCAGAGGCACCUACAGCUAACAUCACAGAGAUGGGGGAAACCCAGAUGGAAAGCAUCUUCAAGACCCCUUUGUCACCAGCUAGAGGAAAGCCUUCCCCUGCAAGAGCUAACCUCUCUCCCUCAAAGGCGUCCCCUGUGAAGACUACAAGGUUGGUGUCGUCGCCGGCAACCCGUAGACGGUGGCUGUCAACAGAUGAGGAGCUCCACGAGCUGGCGGCAGAAGUGACGGAGAAAAUAGCCGAGGAAAACAGUGAAGAUGACGUGAAGAGCCUCGCUCCAGUUACCCCUCCCUCGAAGUCGUCAGACAAGCGGCGGCGCUCCACACUGGGCCAGAGUUACGGCAAGUACAUCGAGAAGCAAACUUUCCCCGAUGUUAUCAUGGAAGGAGCAGAUGCUGGUGACGUAGUUUCUGACCAGACAGAGAAAAGUGAAACUCCUGCAGAUGGGACUUUAACUAGCCAAGAUUCACCUGAGGAGCACCCAACAGCAAAAGAUCCGGACACUUCAAAGGUAGACGAGUUGUUGUCAGAGAGUGUGUGUUCUGAUGAAGGCGAGGAGUCUUCCAAGACAGUGACGUCUUCAGGAAUGAGUGCCAAGGAAACCAAGGAGAGGGAACCAACCCCCAUGGUGAAACGAGAACGCCGCAAAACCUCCCAGCAGCAAACAUUGCAGCCCGUCGGAGAAGAGCCCAAUAGCGAGGCGGCUCCAGAUUCUAGCGAUAGCUCCCUGUCUUCUAACAACAGGAGGAAAAGUCUGCGCAGAAGGAAGCUAGAGUUGAACAACAAAAAAGAAGCUGAGAAAAGUAGUCAAAAAGAGUUGGAGACGCAAAGUGAGAAGUUGUCAGAGGAAACUGUUGCACAGUCAGAGGAGUCAGAGCUGGACACAGAAGACAAAGGAAGUCAGGAAACGUCAACAUCUACAACAGAUGUGACACCAAACACAGAAACAGCAGUUGUGGAGAGAGGGGAAGAGGAGGCUGAUGUUGCAAUGGCACAAUCCAGUGACAUGAGCUCAGAACAACUGACAAAAAGUGCAGGCAAGAAGCAAAGCAAAGUGUUACGGAUGGUUAAGUCAUCGCCAACUCCAAAGAGAAACAAGGGAGAGGAAGACAGGAUCAAGUUGGUCUCUCCCCAAGGUAGUCCUGAGUUACAGUUUUCAACCAGUGGAGCCAUCAUGGUUAGGGUGAGCAGCGAUUCUCCUGACCACAAACCCGUGGUCGUGCAGUCGCCAAGUGGUGAACUCAUCAUAAAGGCGUACAAUCCUAAAGUGGUGGUGGCCCCAGAUCUUACUGGUAAUGCCAAGAGGCUUGACUUUGAAGGCACUGCUGAUAAAGAUAAAGGACAACCUGCUGAAGGGACGGGCAGCAAGAGAGAUGCAUCCUCGGCCGGCUUGGACGUUCCCAAGGGAAGGAUGGUCCUCAGAACCAGAUCUAAGUCACCCAUCCCUUCAGACUCUAGCUCGCUGACAUCUGUGUCAUCCAUGUCUGAUAGCGGGACCAGGAGGAAGAGCAGGAGGAGUUUAAGGAAACUUGAGAUGGAACCUGUGGUCCAGGAAGAAGACAACGAUGACAAUGAGCAAAAACCUAUUGAUACAACCCUUCCAAGUACCUCUGGCACACGUUCCAGAAGAAGCAAGGUACCCAGGGUUAUGUUAGAGGACAUAGGCUCCCAACACACUGACUCAGAUCUUAGCGUUAGCUCACAGAGCAGUAGUAGUAGAAGGAGAAGCAAGGCUGCUGGCAUUGCGGCCGAUCUCGACGUCUCUGACAGCCAGGCAACCAGAAGAAGCAUAAGAAAGAGAGCAACAGGAAGAGACAAGGAAUCUCCACCGAAGAAGGUGAAGACAACUGGUGACGGAGAAGGAGAUGUUGAGAAGAUGAAGACAGAGAUGGAGAGUGGUCCAGAGCUCAUUGUCUUAGACAGUUCCCAGGAGAAUCCACCUGAAGCGGGGGGUGACAACAAGCCAGCAACAAGGAGCAGGGUUAAAAGAGAAUCAGAGAGCACGACAGUUUCUGAAGUGUGGUCUGAUGUAGACAUGUUUAGUCUGUCCCCACCUCACACCAGACGGGGCAACAGAUUGAAGGCUGUGCAUGAAACCUUGUCCAACGCCUCUAGUAUGUCGGACAUGAGCGCUGUAGACUCGGAACAGGAAGGCAGCAUCAGCGCACGGACUCGCAGCUCCCGCAAAAGGAGAUCAGAGCAUGCUGGGAAACUCGCCAGGUCUGCGGUGAUGACAGAGAUGGAAGCAAAGAAGAGGCUAAGCAUGCUUUAAAAGUACCCCGUUGUAUCGAUGUCAGGACCUGGUGAUUCAGGAAUUAACAUCUUCAUAUUCAAAACUCAUUUUCUAUGAAAUUGAUCACAAUCUUACAUCAAUCAUGGUUUUGAAAUCUUCUCCUUACCACUACUUCUUGAUCCUUCAUGGUCUGACUAGCAAGACACUACAGUCUGACUGUUCAGACUUUCUGUAUUGUAAGUUUUGUGAAGCAUCAUUAGAUAAUCUGUUCUGACAUACAAAAACACUGUAGUUGCAUUUUCACAGUUGUCAAAAGGCUUCUGCAUGCAUGAUAUAGUGACUGCUAUAGAAUUACUGUGAAAUGUAUAUUCUUAAUGUGGAAAUACAAGUAUGCUAGUAUUAAGGAUAUGUUUCAUAUGAAGCCAAGUGGACCAAUAGCUCUGAAUACUCUGAAUACAUAAGAAAAGUGAAACGCUAGAUCUUUUUCUAGAAUCUCUAUGUAACAUAGAGCACAGCAAAGACAGGUGCCAAAGUGACCAUUUGAUCAAACUUUUGUGGUAAUUUGUCCUCCAAGAAGAUUAACUGGGAAGAGUCCAAUAGUUUUGUUAUACUUUUUCACUACAGUUAAGAGUUUUUGUUAAUUGUUGAAACAUUUAUUGCAACAACUUGCCAGAAGUAUGUAGAGGUUACAGUUGUAAGAAAGAAGUUAGUUAAGACAACAGUAUGUUCGAUUGUAUGAUCAAAGAAAGAAAAAAUAGCCCGUUGUACUGGUAUGUGUACUUUGGAUGGCGCGAGGAUGUUGCAAUUGCAAAUGUCUCUGAUAUUUGAUGAGGCCAGAGAUACUACACAUUCUAAAAGAAGUAAUUUGCCUACUUAUAAGUCUUUGACACAGUGUAUUGUGAUGAUAAAGAUUGAAGAAUGGUUAUUGCAAUGUGUAAGAAAACAAAUCCUAUUUUUUCCAAUACAGAGAAAAAUAAUAGUUUCAACCAUACUGAUUACAUGGAUGACAUCCCAUGCACAACACAAAACUGACGUGCAAGCGUGCAAAGAAAAAAGACUUACAUUAUGAUCCUAAUCUUUUUUUUUUGAAACAGACAACAAUUGAUGCAUAUGUACAUUGUAGAUGUCAUCCAUGUAGUGAGGUCAGUGUGGCCUUACAGAGAAAUAAUGAAGUCACCUGUGUUUUUUUAGGUUGAAUACAAAAAUUGAAUGAAGCGUAUGAAGAAGGUGGUCUUGAAAAAAGUAACAAAUUAAGUUGUAGACAAUCCACUUCAUCUUACUGUACCAAGCUUUGACAGAAAAUGAUCCAGUUAUUGGAAGGAACCCUUCUGUUCGCUUGAGCAUUAUCAGUGUUCUAUGAUAAUGAUGAUACUGAAAUUGCUGAAUAUACUAGUAUGAAACCAGUCUAUAACGUUGAGAACUGUAACAUAGAAUGUACCAGUUAUCAAUUUGUUGUGACUUAAAAAGUUGAACCUCCCCUCCUUGUUCACACCAUACAGACUGAUGUUUUCAGUAAGGAUGACCCUCAUGGUUCAGGUUUUUUUACUGGUAACGUUAGUCUGUUAGUUUGGGACAUCACACAGAAAAUGAGUAAUAAAGUUGCAUUAACAGCACUG